UUGGGAUAACCAUUAUGAACUGGUGCACACGUUAAGGGUUUUGCAAAAUCUUAGGAGAGGUUUAGAUGAUUCCCUUGAGGUACUUGAGGAAUUCAAAAAGUCACAUCGCCGAAAUACAAUUAUACGCUUUCAAUCUUCAACACUAAAAAGAUAUAUAGGUGAUGCUAAAAGUUCACCGCAAAAACUUACUGGAAAAAAAUCACGUAUCAUAAAUCCAGUGGUACAUCACUUGUAUCAUGAUCAUGAUGACUCCGACGAUUAUGGUGAUCCACCUUCAUCAUCUCCGUCAGACCCUCGUCAAUUGUUCUACGAUUAA